AUGGUCCCGAAUACAAUUGAAAAUCACCUCCAGACUUAUCUCAAGCGAUUUGGAACGGCAAAAGACAAGGACUUGGAUAAAGAAUUUGGUGUUCGAAAAUUGAAUGAAAAUUGGAAAAUUGGGAAUAAAACAGUGACUUUCAAUGGAGAUUCUAUGACAGUUGGUGAUAAGCAGUAUAAGUUGACAACAGGUCUAUUGACAUUAAUAUUUGAUAAAAAUCCUGAAAUGAUACAUGUGACUGGAACAGAUAAGGAGCAUUAUGGUGAAAUUUUACAUCAUACGAAUGCACAUCGUCUGUAUUAUAAAUCCAGCAAAGCUCUACGAGAUAGAAACCCAACUGAAAAAUUUACAAAUAUCAUCGCAGCAUUGGUUUCAUCUCCAGCGAAAACUGGGACAGCUCUUUUGCCUCACUCCAUGAUUGCCCCCAAGACAACAACAAGCAGGAUGGACUACAUUUACUGGGAUAAUCCAAAUGAAUUGGUGGAUAGACUCCGCCUCCUCACAGCAUCUCGAGCGGCCGUGUCGAUGUGUUUGGACGGCAGUUGUCAUACAGCAGUAAGACCACCACUGCUGCUAGGAGAGGUCCACCAGUUGUCAUACAGCAGUAAGACCACCACUGCUGCUAGGAGAGGUCCACCAGGUGAUGGAUUUAAACGUACACUCGAUGGAAAUUACAGUUUUGAGGGCAAAAGAUUAUGGAACAUCGCUGAUCCAGUGGAAGAAUUUGAUGCCAUUUCUCUGCACUUUUUGCGUGAAAAUCUGAGGAAAGAAAUCGAUGAGGUGAAAAAAACUAAAGAGCUUCAUAGGCCAGCUCGAAGAAAUUUCAAGCGACGACAUGUUGACGUUCGUGGACUGGAUGAGACGUGGUAGGCUGAUCUUGUGGAAAUGAUUCCAUAUGCGAACUCCAAUAAAAAUUACCGAUAUCUCCUCACUGUCAUAGAUAUUUUCUCUAAGUACGCCUGGGCCAUUCCCACCAAGUCAAAAAACGCUGCUGAUGUCACAAGUGCUAUGAAUAAAAUUUUGAAAGAAGGCCGUGUUCCCACAAAGCUACACGUGGAUCAGGGCAAAGAGUUCUACAAUAAAGAUUUUCAAGCUCUCAUGAAAAAGAAUAAAAUAAGCAUGUACUCAACCUUCAGUAAUGUCAAGGCAUCCAUAUGUGAACGUUUCAAUCGAACGCUGAAGAAUAAAAUGUGGAAGCAGUUUUCUAUUCUUGGGACUUACAAGUGGAUUGACAUUGUUGAUGAUUUAGUAGCUGAAUACAAUAAUACAAAACAUCGUACCAUCAAAAUGAAGCCGAAAGACGUCGCAAUCAAGAAUGAAAAAUCUUUGUUGAAACAUAUAUAUGAGAAAUUACCGAUAAAUCGUACGAAGGAAAUCAAAUUCAAGGUUGGUGAUAAAGUGCGAAUCAGCAAGUAUAAAACAAUUUUCGAGAAAGGAUACACCCCCAACUGGACAACAGAAGUUUUCACAAUUCAGAAAGUACAGAAGACCAAUCCUGUCACCUAUAAACUUGUGGAUGGGAAGAAUGAAGCAAUCAAAGGAGGUUUUUAUCAGGAGGAACUGAGUGGAGUGAAGCAUCCAGAUGUGUUUCUUGUGGAGAAAGUGUUGAGAAGGAAGGGGAAGAAAGAAUUUGUAAAAUGGUUGGGAUUUGAUGAUACACAUAAUAGUUGGAUAGAUGCUAAUCAAAUAUAA